UUCUCCUCUUUUUCAACAAAAACUGUCCAUCCUUUUCCUCAGUUUAGGGUUUAAUGGGUGAGCAGGAGUGUAGCUGUAUGUGGCACUGUUCCCAAACAGCACAGGCAUGCCUGCAGGGCUGGUGGGGAGGUGGAGGGAUGUGCAGCUCCUCUGUUCAGCGCAGAGUCCAGCUACGUGGAGUUUGUGUUGUUGGUUUGUUUUAGGUCUAGGCCAUGUGAGAGCUGAGCUGGGAUGGAGCAUGACUCACACACCCCGUGGGAAUUCAAUGGCUCCUUCCAUCAGCCUUCAGCUUUCCUCAUGAUGGGCAUCCCGGGCCUGGAAGCCCUUCACCCCUGGAUCUCCAUCCCUUUCUGUGCCCUCUACCUUACUGCUCUCUUGGGGAACUGCGUGAUCCUGUUCAUCAUCAGGAGGACCCCCAGCCUUCACGAGCCCAUGUACUACUUCCUGUCCAUGCUGGCAGUCACCGACCUGGGCCUGGCUCUCUGCACCCUGCCCACCACCCUGGGCCUCUUUUGGUUCGACGUGCGCAGGAUCGGCUUCGACGCCUGCCUCGCUCAGAUGUAUUUCAUCCACAUCCUGUCCUUCAUCGAGUCCUCCGUGCUCCUGGCCAUGGCCUUUGACCGCUUCAUCGCCAUCUCCCACCCGCUGAGACACCCGGCCAUCCUGACCAAGAGCACCGUCCUCAAGAUAGGCCUGGCCAUUGUGCUGAGGGGCAUGGUCUCGCUGCUCCCCAUUCCCUUCCUGCUCAAGAGACUGACCUACUGCGGCAAGACGGAGCUGUCCCACUCCUUCUGCUUCCAUCCUGACAUCAUGAACCUGGCCUGCGCAGAUAUCAAGGUCAAUGUCUUCUACGGGAUGAUCAUUCUCUUGUCCACGGUGGGGAUGGACUUCAUCUUCAUCGUGCUGUCCUACAUCCUCAUCAUCAGAACCGUGGUCAGCCUCACCACCAAGGAGGAGUGUCUGAAGGCUCUCAACACCUGUGUCUCCCACAUCUGUGCUGUCCUCGUGUUCUUCAUCCCCAUGAUCGGACUGUCCAUGAUCCAUCGCUUUGGGAAGAACGUUCCUCCCCUCGUUAACACCUUGGUGGCCUACACCUACCUCAUCAUUCCCCCCGCUCUCAACCCCGUUAUCUACAGCAUAAAAUCCACCCACAUCCGGGAGGCUUUGCUCAGGGCCCUGUGCAGGAAGCGUGGCUCUGACUGGUAGUUUCCUCCACUAGUUCUGCCAGAAAGUGCUGGUGGACUGGGCUCUCUGUCAGACCUCUGGGCCUGGGCUCUCUGUCAGACCUCUGGGACUGGUUCCUUGGUCAGAGCUCUUGGCCUGGUUUCCCAGUCAGAGCUGGUGGAUGC